AUGGACGUCCGCAAGAAUUUCCUCAGUCAUCUCUAUGUAGCUUUGGAUCAGAAAGGGAUAUACACUUUUAUGGAUAGUGAAGAGCAUAAAAAAGAGCAAAUAUCGCCAGCGCUUAUGAGGGCGAUUGAGGAAUUGCGCAUUGCAAUCAUCAUUUUCUCCAAAGGCUGCGCUUCCUCACGGUGGUGUUUGGAAGAGUUGGCAAAGAUCAUGGAGUGCAAGGCACAGAAGGAGCUGAUUGUGUUGCCGGUGUUUUACAAAGUGGAAUCAAGAGAAAUGAGAGAGGGGAGAGAGGCUUAUGGGAGAGCUAUGGCUAAGCAUGAGUCCAAUUUUGGGAAGGAUCCGGAGAAAGUGAAAAGAUGGAAGAAACUCUUUUUGAUGCCGGCAUAUGGAGACCUGGAGGCAUAG